AGGGAAGCCACAGAGACGGUGAGGUGAGAGAAACAGAAGAGAGAGCCAGAGGAACUGCGUAGCCCAGGAAGAAGAAAGUCAAGAGAAAGCAAAAACUCCAAGAGCAAGCUGUUGGUAUUCCCCAAAAAUGGCGUUUUAUGUGGACGAAGAAGAGGUUUGGAAAUGCCCAAAGCACCCCUCCAAGCGUCGCCGCAGCGGGAUUUGCCACGUUUGCCUCCGCGAGCGCCUCUCCAUCCUCUGUCCCGACUGCGCUAACGUCCGGCCCUGUUCCUGCCGCGCUACUGCCGCGACAACUUCGUCUUCUUCGUCCUCGUCUUCGUCCUUCUCUCGCUUCUCGACGUCAGACGGCGGCGUCGGAGCUGUCGGUCGCGUCUCCAAUCUAUUAGAGAGUGAGCCAGCCUUUCGCCGGUCCAGAUCGCUCGCGAUUCCCUUCCUCCGGUCUAGCUCCCGGUUCGUCGGUAACGAGAGCGAACUGAAAGAACCAGCGUCGGUUGGCGGUAAGAGCAGAGCUUCGUCGUUUUGGUCGGUGUUCAGAUCGCAGAAGAGCAAGAAGAUGGAAGCGGACGAAGGAAAUGCGAAGAAGCAGAACGAAGUGGCCGUGGAAGAAGAAGAAAAAGAGGACGUGAGGGCGAGGACGACGAUGAUGAUGAGGUCGAGAUCCGUGGCCGUAUCGGUGACGUCAGAUUCAGGAAUAGGGCUCGGUGGCCGAGAGAGCAGAGGGAAGGGUCGGAGUUGGUAUUUUCCGAGUCCGAUAAAGGCUUUUCGGCAGUCAAAGAUCGCCAAGGUGGUUCAGGAACGGUCUCCUUUAUACAGAGGAGGGACUGUGCAUUAAUGCAAAUAUAUUUUUGCAAAUAAGCAUUUGUGGUUGGGAAUUAUGUUGGAAAUUGUUUUCAAGUGUGCCAUAAUAAAUGGGUAGCUGCUUGUUUUGGAGGAUUUUUUUGUAAAUAAUUACAUGCCAACCAGUUUGGGAGGUGCUUGAUUUGGUUGAGGUUAGUUAAAGAAUCUUCCAGUGUUAACUGCCUUAUAAUGUAUGAUGGAAAAAUUACAAGUAAUCUGGGAUUUUGGCCCCACUUAUCAUGUGGGUUUGAAUGUACUGGAAAG